AUGCGCAGGAACAUUCUGACAGCCCUAGCCUGCUCAUGGCUCCUCCCAGCCCAUGCGGCUUCGGUCGAUCUCAAGGCUUUGCUUACGGACAGCGAUAUUAAAUGGGCAUCAGACACGGUCAUCAGCUUCCCAGAUACCACUGAGUUUGAAGACGCUACUGUGAGGUGGAAUAGUUACAACGCUCCGACGUACGCGGGCGCUAUCAGUCCGGCUGACGAGGAGGAUGUGGUCAAAGUUGUCAAAUUUGCCAAAGAGCACAGUGUUCCAUUUCUCGCGACUGGUGGCCGUCAUGGCUGUACCGAUAUGGUUGGGCUUCAAGAGGGCCUCGCCAUUGAUUUGAGCCAGGUCAAUUCGUACACUCUCGAUAGCGAUGAUGCGACUAUCACUGUUGGCGCUGGAAGCACCUUUGGCCAAUUCCAGAAUGCUAUUUAUGAUGCUGGCUUCAUGAUCCAGAGCGGAUCUGUCACCUGUCCUGGAUUCAUUGGCAUAACUCUCGGGGGCGGAAUCGGGCGUUAUACUGGCAUUUUCGGCUUGGAAAUCGACGCUUUGGUUUCUGCUCGUAUCGUCACCGCGGACGGGGAGGUUCUAACCAUCUCGGAAACGGAGAAUGAGGAGCUGUUCUGGGGUGUUCGCGGCGCUGGAUUUAACUUUGGCAUCAUCAUCUCGGCUACGUUUAAGCUGCAUAGACUUGCGGAUAACAACAACGGGGAGAUUUUGACCGCCGACUUUAUCAUCCCUGCUAACAAGACUCUAUUUUACUUCGACUGGUUGGAAUCACUUAGCGAGACGAUGCCUCCCAACGCCGCCGGUGUCAGCCGGUUUCAAUUUGACAGCACUGCGAAGGAGGGCCAAAUCGGAGCAAACUGGGUAUUCAUCGGCCCAGAAGAUGAGGGCCGCGAAUUCCUAAGCCCCAUUCUAGACCUCCAGCCCUCUAUUGCCAUGCUCUCAAAUGUACCCUGGAACAAGCUAAUCGAGACGGCUGGUGGAGGCCAAGGCGCCAUGCUUUGCGAGGCACGGGCUCCCCGGAGUUUGUAUACGAGUCAAAUGCGCAAAUACUCGGCCUCGGCCUUACAAGAGACAUUUAACAAGAUAAGCACACUUUGGGAGACAUACCCCGGGCUUGCAUAUACCUCGCUUAACUUCGAGUCAUUUCCUAACCAUGCCGUGGCCGCCGUUCCGGAUGAAGCGACUGCGUAUCCCUGGAGAGAUGCUAUUGGUUGGUUCCAAUUCGAAAUAAUCUCCCUAGACGGAGUCGGCAGCGACUCCUUGAACGCCGGGGAGCAGACCGGCCAAGCCCUUCGAGAUAGCUGGGUGCGGACUUCAGGUUACGAAAAUCAUACUAUCUACGUUAACUAUGCGCGAGGCGAUGAGACUCUGGAACAGAAAUACGGAGCAAGCAAGUUGCCGCGUUUGGCGGCAUUGAAGAAGAAGUAUGAUCCUGAUAAUGUGUUUGGGUGGAAUAAUGCUUUGCCUACGGAGUAUCCUGGGUCGGGGUGA